AUGAGUCUGGACGCCAGUAGAGCCGAAAAUUAUGCAGCUGCUGCUAAAUAUGCUUCUCAGAUCGAACAAGUAUAUGGAAACUCAAGCCAAGGUAUCGACGAGUCAAAGCUACUCGGGGAAUUGCUCAAGUUGAUCGACAAGAUUCCCGAAGAUGAGCAUCUGUUCUGCAACGAGCACUACCGGUCAGUUGCCGUGUUCUGUCUUACGCUUUUCUCCUUCAGCAAUCAGGGCACUAUCGCUUGGCUGAAGGGUCGAUUCGACCCAGUGUUAGGGAGAUGCAAAGAUUGCGUACGUCACUUCACGCGGGGAAAAUGUAAGAUGUUGCAGCACUUCUCGGUGCUGCGAAAGGUACCGUACGAGCACGUCACCAAAUUCAACAACAUCGUGUCGCUUUGGAGAUCUCAGGCUUUGAUUUCCGUUAUCCAAGGCAUUUCUGUCAACAAUAACACCGAUAUCAACCUAACAGAAGAGAUCAAAGUGGCAAUCCUUGAGUGUUUUUGUAACCCGCAAGUUCUGAGGAUCAACGAAACACUGAAGGCUGCAUUUGACGCGGUAUUCAAAUUCCUUUACAAUUCUCAGCAUCCAAUGCUAGGCCAUGAAGCUGAAGAGCCUGUCGAGAAGCACGUCACAGCGGGCCUGAUAUAUUGCUGGUUUGAAGGUACCAAGGAAGAGGCGGCAUGGGCCCGAAGUUGCCUGGAGAAUCUAGCCAAGAAAGAAUUUGCAUUUACAGAGGACAACUUCACUCAGGAUCUGUUCGAAGAGAUAAACGUGCAUUUUCUGUAUCUUCAAAACACUAGCAACUUUCACGAGGCCUUGGUAUCUCACUUUUGGCUGAAGUUCAACCCCAUUUAUUUUUUGCUGAGCCCGUCUUUAAUUCAAACUUAUCUCGUUGUCCCUCCAAAUCUGGAUUCUUUGCGCCAGUCUAUUCGACACCCGAUUGUAUCCAUCUACAAGUUGUGGUACACCCACUUGGCUCAUAAUUUUCGCGAAAAACCAUUAGCCAUACUCCUCAAGGUCUUGAGAAUCUUUCUGGAGAAAGUCGGCCAUUCAUUCUGGAGCUUGAUCGAACCUUUCACUUUCCACAGCAUCUUAGACUUGGUCUUCGAGAAAAACAUGCUCUCCAACGCGCUCAUCAAAAUUCAAAACAAUCCACUUGCAUCUCAGGAUUUUGACGCCCUUCUGAUCGAAGAACCUUCCCUGACCGACUUGGUUUCAUGGACGUUACCUUUCUAUCACUCUUUGUCUCCUCCCAAGAGAAUACAAAUGGUCAAAAAGGUUUCAACGGCUUUUAUUCGUGUCAUUUCUAGUCAUCCAUCAUUGAAUCCGAUUCCUAAGGCAUGUUUGAUCAAUUCUUCCACAGCACUACUUAGCGCAGUUCUACUUGUGACAGAUAAAGAGAGAGCUAUGCUAUAUUCUGACGAAAGUUUUGAGACAACCUUAUUCACGAAACUCGAUUCUCGCGCGCUUCUGAAUAAUGACAUGGUUUUGAACAUAGUUGUGCAAUGUGCUACCAAUGUACGCGCUUUUCUUGGUGCAGAGCAACCGAUAAGCUCAGUAGCAUACUCGGCGACAAAAGUUUUGGCCUCCUGCAUCGACUACGACAUAUUGUUACUGUGUCAAGCGUCUUACCGCAUCUACCGCGAAGAAAAGGCAAAUGACGUGAAGGUAAGUACGGGCUUGCUUUCGAAGGUGAUACAACAUUUGGAUCUCGGGCGCUCUAAUGAGCCUUCGCGCCUAGCAGCGUUGCUGUUAUCAUCCAUGCGCAAUGUGAACGGUCUUCUGAGGCCAAAAACUUCAGACCCUUCGGCUAAUCAACAUAAUACGUGCAUCAGGCUUUAUGUUGAUUUACUGAAAUCUCUUUUGGUGAAAAUCACUGACAUACCACCUUCUCAUCUGAUCAAGGUACUCACAGAUGAGAGUGGUUCUCGAGGUUUUUGGUCUUGCAUUUUUACAUCUGACAUCGAGAUUUAUCAGACAGCAACCAAUAUCUUGUACGAAACCUUUGACGUAGAGGGUCGACUGGAAGGGAUUCAGGAAAUGCUGAAACGCAAUCUCAGCUUCAGCUUGGAGUCCAUCAACUUAGUGUUAACUCAGUUGACGAAGCAUGAAUUUUUUGAACCCUGUCCAAGGGCUAUAAGGGUUUUGAUGGACAUUAUAAACGUUUUUUCGGAUCCUGUGAAUGGAACCUUUGCUAACUAUGCAUCCAUGAAAAACGAGAGGACAGACCAGAUUUUAGAAACAUUUUGGAGCUUAUCUUGGAAGUUUUUGAAUAUGAUUUAUCGUGCGACGCUGAAGUGGGCGUCUAAGUAUCCCUACUCAGAAUUGGAGAAUUUCACCAAAGAUACGCUUGAUACCAGCAUUUCAUUGUUAGAAGCAUAUCGGGAGUUUUCAGGAACUCUGGCGUCGGGCAAUGAUCCAAAGCAGUCAGAAACACUUCUUAAUCAUGUACUGGCGACUUUUCAUGAUAUGUUGUACUGGUUGCGUCUAAGUGAUGAAUAUCUUCUAGCAUCGUGCGUUAAACUUAUAGUCAAGGCAGCGGACUUGGCGAUCGAGAAGGGAUUCAAAUUUGACGACGUACUAGUGACAACAAUGACAAAGUAUGCGUCCAAAGCUCGCAAGUUUUCCAACAAAUUAACCCCGCAACAGUCUUCUGAGCUGGUAUCAAGAGCCAAAGAGUUUAACGACAAAUUGGUAGAUAAAGUCACAGCAGAGGUUGACCUCUAUCAUAAAGAGAAAGAAAAGUCAAAUGCAAGUGUGGGUUCUUCCUCUGCUCGUCUUUCUCCAGCACCGAUGGGUAGCAAAGUACAAACUAGCAGCCCGGCGACCUCUAUCGAGUCUAAGGUCGAUUUUCUGCAGAGGAAGGCUAUGUCUUCUUCUUUGAUGGGUAGACCAAAAAGCCAAGCCAAGAUUACAUCAUUUGGAACACUUAAGCCAGGUAUGUCUCCUAGUCCUCGAGAACAGCAAAAGGCACAGCCUUCAAAAGUUGAAUUGGCACGGAGGCAGCUCUUGGCUGGUCGAAAAGUUCAUCCUCCUAGCUCUAAUGUUUUCAAUUCGAGAAAAAGUCAGGCACAACACAACACAAGAGAAGAUAGCAGCGAUGAAAGCGAAGAUGAUUUGGAAGAUGCGAAAGAACUCUUUUCGAUGUCAAAGAAUAAGGAACGCCGCACCCCAAUUGUUCUAGAUAUCAACGGGAAACCCAUCAAGAAGGCCGAUAGUGCUGAGCGAAAGAAACUAGAAGAAGAGAACAUGAGAAGAAGGUUAAAUGUCGAUUUGAACCCAUUUUACGAAAAGGUCCUAAAAUGGAAAUACACUAACUCCGGUGAGUAUCCAUCCAAUGACCAAAAACACAUAUACACGGACGUUAAAGAUACAUUCAAAUCUGCAGAAGAUUAUCAAAAAGUCAUGCAACCGCUUUUGCUUUUAGAAUGCUGGCAAGGUUUGUGCGCAGCAAGGGACCGUGAAGAGAACAAACCUUUCAGUUUAGUGGUCGGAAACCGGACGGCAGUAUCGGAUUUCUAUGAAGUCUAUGCUUCUGUUAGUAAAAAACUGAUUGUAGACGCCGGCAUUACUGACUCAGAUUUGGUGGUUUUGUCGCACUUUCCGAGUGCUAGAAACUUGGGUGAUGUUCGAGCGGACGACUUCAAAACAGCUGAAAACACUUGUUUAGCAAAAGUUUGGGGAAUGAAAAAUAAUAAGGGCGAUAAUAUGGACCUGACAUUGAGAAUCGAUAGAAGUACUCAAUUUAGCAGGUUCCUUACCCUCCGUGCUGAGAUUUUUGCCGUGAAAGUAAUGCAGAUGACAACAGUCGAGAGAGAAUAUGCUGCCUUGAUAGGUUUGCCUUUCUACGAUCUCGUCCGUCAGAUUACGAGCGGAAAUUCAACAGCCAAACCUAACAUUGAGAAAAGAGAGAUUGAAGAGAUAAAAGCAAACUACAAUCUCAACAAUUCACAGGCCGAAGCCAUAGCAAGCACUGUGUAUUCUGAAGGGUUUUCUUUGAUUCAAGGCCCUCCAGGAACAGGCAAAACAAAAACCAUUCUGGGUAUUAUUGGAUACUUUUUGAGUACUCAGAAAUUGCUACCUGCUGGUGUUAUCAAACAACCUGUAGAUGUCGCUACAUCCGGAACAUCAACUGAGCAGCUGCUGCAAAAACAAAAAGUUCUUAUAUGUGCUCCCAGUAAUGCGGCGGUAGAUGAGCUUGUCUUGAGAUUGAAAGGGGGAGUAUUUGAUAAAAAUGGGAAAGUUUUCAGUCCUAGACUUGUUCGUAUUGGUAGAUCGGAUGCAGUGAAUGCCGCCAUCAAAGAUUUGACUUUAGAAGAGCAAGUCGACAAGAAGCUCGGUAACAAGAACUAUGAAUUUGCCCACGAUCCUAAUUUGGAACAAAACUUGCAGAGUGCCCUCACCGAGCGUCGCCAGCUACGGCGUAAGCUAGAUGCAGAAGACGGUUCUGCUUCGAGCGAUCUGUCGACUGAUGAUAUUACUAAAAUACAAAUGAGCAUUAGGGAAUUGAGCAGGAAGAUAAACGAACUUGGCAAACAGAAGGAUGAGAUACGAGAGCGAAAUUCUGUUAAUUUUAGGAACAAAGAAGUCGACAGGAGAAAAGCUCAAUCCCGAAUUUUGGCCGAGAGUGAAAUCAUCUGUUCAACUCUGUCUGGUUCUGCACACGAUAUCUUGUCUUCGCUGGGUGUCAAAUUUGACACAGUUAUCAUCGAUGAAGCCUGUCAGUGUACAGAGCUUUCCACAAUCAUUCCCCUGCGUUACGGAGCGAAGCGAUGCAUUAUGGUCGGUGACCCUAAUCAAUUGCCGCCUACAGUCUUGUCAGGAGCCGCCAGUAACUUCAAGUACAACCAGUCUUUGUUUGUUCGGAUGGAAAAGAAAUGCUCGCCAUAUUUACUAAACAUCCAGUACAGAAUGCAUCCCGCAAUCAGCAAAUUUCCUUCUUCAGAGUUUUAUAAGGGCAAACUAAGCGAUGGGCCAGAAAUGGAAGCAGUCAAUUCGAGGCCAUGGCAUAAGCGCUCCCCAUUGGGGCCAUACAAGUUUUUCGAUAUCGCCACGGGUAGGCAAGAGCAAAAUAAGAAGUCUAUGUCGUUUGUUAAUUUCGAGGAAUGCAGAGUUGCGGUAGAGCUUGUUGAGAACUUGCUCAAUCACUUCGAAAACUCUUACGACUUUACUGGCAAGAUCGGUAUUAUUUCGCCGUACCGCGAACAAAUGCUUACUUUGAAAAGAGAAUUUAGAAGGUAUUUUGGCAACCCGGUUAUGAGCUACGUCGAUUUCAACACCAUCGAUGGGUUUCAGGGACAGGAAAAAGAGGUGAUCAUCAUUUCGUGUGUCAGAGCCGACGAUACGAAGUCGGGCGUUGGUUUUUUAAAGGAUUUUCGGCGUAUGAAUGUUGCGCUUACAAGAGCAAAGACUACCAUGUGGAUUUUAGGACACCACAGCUCCCUAUUCAAGAAUCAACUCUGGAAAAACUUGAUUACGGAUGCCAAAGAUAGAAACUGCUUAGAACUGGCUUGCUCGGGAUUUUUAAAUACCAACAAUCUUAAAGCGGCUUCAAAGUUAAAGCAAUAUGCCGGUUCACACGAUCACAUUCUCGGAGAUGGCUACGAUCCGACCGCACCAGCGGUGGAAAGAAGUAGUAAGCCCUACAAGAACUAUCAGAAUGAUAAGGAGAAUAGGUCACUUAAGGAAAAGAAUCGUCAGCAAACAAAACCUAUACCACAGGCCCGAGAACCCUACAAAAAAAAGCCUGCAUCCGGGGAUCAUACAGCUCAUACCUCCAAAGUGGAAAGCCACAGAAAUGAGCCAGUUGUCUCGAAAGAAAAAGCUUCUUAUGGCCUUUCCGGAACCAAAAAAAAGUCAUCCAUUUUCGGCGCGCCAUCAAUUGAUUCUGAGAUUGAUAUCAAGGUUAAUGCACCAGCAAUGCACACUAAAAAUUCGACGAAAUCGGAUGGCGUAAAACUAAAAGGUUCCGAAAAUGAAACUACACAACGUGUUACAAAAUCAGCAAAGCGUGUGCGUUUUGAUAAUUCACCAGUUACCAUUGUCGAAAAGAAGAUCAAAGUUGAGGCGCCGCAGCGGCCAAAAGCUGAUAAUGGUCCCAAAAUAUAUGCGAGCAAGAGAGCGUUGCCAGCGAACGCAAACCCAAAUAAUUCCAGUGAGAAUUCUCAUCCUCAAGCAUUUAACUCUUCUGCGAAUAAGGUUACCGAAUCUGAGAAUGACAGUGAUCAAGACGGAUACGACCCUUCGGCGUCGCCGUCCUUGGAUAUAAAUCGUGAUCCGUUCGCUACUGACUCAAAUAAGACGGCUGUCAAAAUCGGUAGGGACAAGACGUUGGCACGCUCUGCUGCUAGCCCCAACCCGUUCAUUCCGAAGCGAAAAAUACAAUUUCCCCACAAAAGAUAG